UCGUCGGCUUUGCUUUCUCUACCUAUGAUUGACUAUUUAUCUUCUCAAAUGGAUCUUGAAAUUACGUCUUCCUGCCUAGGGACCUAGACAUGGACACAGACGCCUGCAGCCCUCCGUCCAAGGUUGAUAGAUGGCUGAACCAGCUUAUCCCUCCGGAUGUCUGUGAUCGCAAUUCGCCACCCCAGGUAGCUCACAGAAAGCAUCAACACAAAGACCAAGGCUCCUACAAGGAUCACACUGAUUAUCCAGAACUCAAAGUCCCAAAGCCUCCAAAGAGGAUACGUAACGCUCUUGUCCAGCGUGGAGAUCCAGUAUUCGGAGACAGAAGGAUUGAAGUUGAGAAAUGGAUCUCAAAAACUGCGACGAGCCCAAAAGUAACUCGACAGCGCCCGACCAGUCAUACAUCUGGUGACUACGCUUCACAAAGUCCUCAAAACCCCCCACAGCGUCGACAUAGUACGGACCAUCAGAUCUCGACAGGGAAUCUUGGUCACAAGCGCAAGAGGUUGUCAUCUGAGGCUAUCUAUGAGGACACAUUAAAGCAGCCCAUCGAAAGGUCACCCCGGCUCGUGAAGCGGCCUCGGCACAAGACUCGCGAAGAUCGGUACGAUACGUACCACAGCAAACACCCACGAAAAGCUGCCGAAGUCAGAGUCGAUGGCAACAUUGACAGGGAUAGACAGAGGUCCAGAAAAGCCGCCUUGUCAAAACCUUCGCGUGACUUGGUAACCAAGUUUACAUCAGAUGCUAUCCUUAGCGAGCGUGUGACUACACAUCCGGGACCAGGUCUGUUUGGCAAGCUCAACGCUAUCAAGCGUCCCCUUGUCGACCUUGAAUUCCAUGACAUGAAUUUCUUGAAAGCUCCAUAUGAAGAGCCGAGUGCCAACAACGCAUCUCGUGCUCGUGCCAACCCCUUCGACUGA